UCAAAAAAAAAAAAAAACAUCUGUACUCUCAUAUUUUUAAAACAGAGAAGUGAAUUUAUAAUUGUGGGAUUUUCUGUUUUGGUUAAGUAUAAAUUCAUUGUCAUGAAGCAUAUCUACAAAUUGUUGGUCAUUAACAUAUUAUUCCAGUCAGCUAACACAAGAUGUACAACAUUGCCGUGUUAGGGGCAGGCAUCAUUGGCGUGUCAACAGCUCUGAACAUACAGAAGCAGCUUCCAUCAGCUAGGGUAAAAAUUAUCUCGGAAAAAUUCGGCCAGGAAACGACAAGUUGGGGCGCUGGAGGAUUGUUCCGACCCAGCACCAAGUAUAUUGGAGGAGUUCCAGAAGAGAAAAUACGCAAAUGGUCACGAACAGGAUGGGAGUUUUAUUCCUCACUAGCUGUGUCCGACAAGGCCAAGGAGGCCGGAAUGCAGAUUGUCACCGGUUAUGUACUUAGUCAGACUAAAGUGAUGAAUCCAGUAUAUAAAGAUGUUGUGUACAGUUUUCACGAACUGAGCACAGAGUCAAAGCUAAAACUGGGCUUUGGCCAUUACAAUUACGCCUACAUAGUUACUACAGUUAUUGCAACAGUCAAAGACUAUCUACCAUGGUUAUUUGAGAGGUUUAAAGAAAACGGGGGUCAAACAGAACAGAGGCGGAUCGAUGAUUUGAAUGAACUGGUUGGUAUGUACGAUAUUGUCGUCAACUGUACUGGUUUCGGAAGUCGCACUCUGUUUGGGGACAAGUCAAUAUUUCCUGUUCGUGGACAGUUACUCAGGGUUAAAGCACCAUGGAUAAAGAAUUUUGUAUAUACAGAAGACGAUGCCUACCUUAUUCCAAAUGGUGAUUUACUGGUUGUUGGAGGUUGUCGACAGGAGAACAAUUUUAAUCUUAAUAUAGAAAGCAAGGACCGGGAAGGGAUCUUAGAAAGAUGCUUUAAGAUAUUUCCAGCUUUAAAGGGAGCAAAGAUUGAUCACGAGUGGGUAGGACUUCGUCCAACACGUUUUCCCAUUCGUAUUGAGAAAGAAGUUAUACAGCUUAAAAAGGGACCUUUAAAAGUUGUUCAUAAUUAUGGACAUGGUGCUAAUGGAAUUUCAAUGAGUUGGGGCACCAGCAUAGAUGCUGCUGAGCUAGUCAAAGAGGCAUUGCUUGGUUCAAAACUAUGAUGCUGUAUUUUCCUUGAGUUGGGAACAGCAAAUAGUUACUUCAGGACUAGUCAAAGUCAUUGCCUUCAUAAAAUGUUUUUUUUUAAUUUUUACUUCUGAUGUUGAUUGAAUAUAUGGAAGUUUAUUGUUGUUUAUAAAAACAUGUUAAACAAUUAACUUUUCCAGAUAUGGACAUGUACAGUGCUACAACUUCAUUAUGUAUAUUCUAUUUUUCUCUGUGUAUAAUUAUGUGAUAAAACCAAUUUCUUCUGCCUUAUUUUGAAAUUCAUUAUUUGAUAAUCAAUUCAAAGUUUUCCCCAUAUAGUGGCAAAUAUAGAAACUAAUUUUAAUUGUGAUUUUAUGUAUAUUUGAAUUUGUUUCAUACAAUAGAAUCCGUUGUUUUAAGUAGUUUUGAUACAAUUUAAUAAAAUGUACUUAACUUAUAAUAUUAUACAUUGCUUAAUAAAAUGCAGGAUUUAAUUAUUAAUUUUUAAUUAAUGUUCAAUGUUUCUCGAUUGAAAUAACAGAAAAAACAUUUUUUGUUUCCUUAUCAACAGAACUUCUAUGCCUGUAGAUAUACUGGGCCUCGGGAAAUGACAAAGUUUCUAGUAGUUAUGCGAAAUUUACUUUUUAAUUAAUUAAAUAAAUAAGGAUGAAAAUUACAAGUCAUACAUAAAGAUGCUAAAUGGCUCCAUCUUACUCAACAUCAAAAAUCAGCUGUAAACAAUACUUAUACGAUAUGACAUGUACAAACUAUUCUUAUUUCAUUGUAAAUUUAUUAAAAUUAAAGCAAAUAAAGAACGCUUUCCAUGAUCAUUAAAAGUUUACUUUUAUGGUAUAUCAAGCGUUGUAAUAUUCGACCCCCCCCCC